AUGGGAGGAGCUGUUCAGGUUGUCAUUGGCCCCGCUGGAUCGGGCAAAUCGACGUAUUGUCAAAUCAUGCAAGAGCACUGUGCCACAUUAUCGGGAUCUCGUCGUCGCAAUGUCUUGGUGGUCAACCUUGAUCCAGCUGCCGAAGCCAUGCAUUACGAUUGCGCCAUUGAUGUGCGAGACUUGAUUUCCGUGGAUAAAGUGAUGGAAGAAUUGGGAUUGGGGCCCAAUUGA